AUGGCGUCCACUACUCAACAGACGUCCGAGCGGAGGAUCUCCUAUGCUGUCGACGUGGAGAACGGUGAACACCGCGAACGCCAACCUACCGAAGCCAACGAGGGAGGAAUGGACGAAUACUCCGCUUUGAACCGUUACAUCUCGACUGCCCGUGACGGUCGUCGUGGUUCGACCUCCAGCGCUGGUGCGCUGUCCACCAAGCCCGCCAAGAAGCCCUUCUGGAAGUUCUGGGCUAAGGGUGGUGACAGUGUUGAGGAGGGCUGGCAGGCCCCCGAUGAGUGGCUCGACACCGACCUGAGCUCUGGUUUGAGCUCUUCUGAUAUCGAUGUCCGCCGCAAGAAGGGUGGCUGGAACGAGCUGGUUACUGAGAAGACCAACAUCUUCGUCCAGUUCAUUGGUUAUUUCCGUGGUCCUAUUCUCUAUGUUAUGGAACUUGCUGUCCUUCUCGCCGCUGGUCUGCGUGACUGGAUCGAUUUGGGUGUUAUCUGUGGUAUUCUCUUGCUUAACGCUCUCGUUGGUUGGUACCAGGAGAAGCAGGCUGCCGAUGUCGUCGCCUCCCUUAAGGGUGACAUCGCUAUGCGUGCUAUUGUUGUUCGUAACGGUCAAGAGGAGGAGAUCCUCGCCCGUGAGCUCGUCUCUGGUGACAUUGUCAUCGUUGAGGAGGGCCAAGUUAUCCCCGCCGAUGUUCGCCUGAUCUGUGACUACUCCAAGCCCGAGAUGUACGAGAACUACAAGGAGUACCUCGCCAACUACAACGACGACACCCUCAAGGAGAAGAACGAGGAUGAUGAUGAUGAGGAUGCUCGUGAGGCCCACGCUGGUGUCUCCCUGAUUGCUUGCGAUCAGUCUGCCAUCACUGGUGAAUCUCUCGCUGUCGAUAAGUACAUGACUGAUGUCUGUUACUACACCACUGGUUGCAAGCGUGGCAAGGCCUACGGUAUUGUCACUGCUACCGCCCGCCAGUCUUUCGUCGGUAAGACCGCUGCUCUCGUCCAGGGUGCUAAGGACCAAGGUCACUUCAAGGCUGUCAUGGACAACAUUGGUACCUCCCUGCUCGUUCUCGUCAUGUUCUGGAUUCUCGCUGCUUGGAUUGGUGGUUUCUUCCGUCACCUCAAGAUCGCUACCCCUGAGAACUCUGACAACAACUUGCUCCACUACACCCUGAUUCUUCUCAUCAUUGGUGUCCCCGUCGGUCUACCCGUUGUUACCACCACCACCCUCGCUGUCGGUGCCGCCUACCUUGCUGAGCAGAAGGCUAUUGUCCAGAAGCUCACUGCCAUUGAGUCCCUCGCUGGUGUCGACAUUCUGUGCUCUGACAAGACCGGUACUCUCACUGCCAACCAGCUCUCCAUCCGUGAGCCCUACGUCGCUGAGGGUGUUGAUGUUAACUGGAUGAUGGCCGUCGCCGCUAUUGCCUCUUCCCACAACGUCAAGAACCUGGACCCCAUUGACAAGGUUACUGUCCUUACUCUCCGCCGCUACCCCAAGGCCCGUGAAAUUCUCUCUCGUAACUGGGUUACCGAGAAGUACACUCCUUUCGACCCCGUCUCCAAGCGUAUUACUACCAUCUGUACUUGUGACGGUGUCCGCUACGUCUGCGCCAAGGGUGCCCCCAAGGCUAUCCUCAACAUGUCCGAGUGCUCCGAGGAGGAGGCUCAGCUCUACCGUAACAAGGCUACUGAGUUCGCUCGCCGUGGUUUCCGUUCUCUCGGUGUCGCCGUCCAGAAGGAGGGUGAGCCAUGGCAGCUUCUGGGCAUGUACCCCAUGUUCGACCCCCCUCGUGAGGAUACCGCACACACCAUCGCUGAGGCCCAGGUCCUCGGUCUGUCCGUUAAGAUGUUGACUGGUGAUGCCAUUGCUAUCGCUAAGGAGACUUGCAAGAUGCUUGCCCUCGGUACCAAGGUUUACGACUCUGAGCGUCUCAUUCACGGUGGUCUCGCCGGUUCCGCCCAGCACGAUCUCGUUGAGAAGGCUGAUGGUUUCGCUGAGGUCUUCCCCGAGCACAAGUACCAGGUCGUCGAGAUGCUCCAGCAGCGUGGUCACUUGACUGCCAUGACUGGUGACGGUGUUAACGAUGCUCCUUCCCUGAAGAAGGCUGACUGUGGUAUUGCCGUCGAGGGUUCCACUGAGGCUGCCCAGGCUGCCGCCGAUAUUGUCUUCCUUGCCCCCGGUCUGUCCACCAUCGUCGAUGCUAUCAAGCUCGCCCGUCAGAUCUUCCAGCGUAUGAAGGCCUACAUCCAGUACCGUAUUGCCCUGUGUCUCCACUUGGAGAUUUACCUCGUUACCUCCAUGAUCAUCAUUGAGGAGACCGUCCGCUCUGAGCUCAUUGUCUUCAUCGCCCUGUUCGCUGAUCUUGCCACCAUUGCCGUCGCUUACGAUAACGCUCACUUCGAGGCCCGCCCCGUCCAGUGGCAGCUUCCUAAGAUCUGGGUCAUCUCCGUCAUUCUUGGAAUCUUGCUCGCUGCCGCCACCUGGAUCAUCCGUGCUUCCCUCUUCCUCGAGAACGGUGGUAUCAUCCAGAACUGGGGUUCUCCUCAGGAGAUUCUCUUCCUCGAGAUUGCUCUUACUGAGAACUGGCUCAUCUUCGUUACCCGUGGUGGAAAGACCUGGCCCUCUUGGCAGCUGGUUAUUGCCAUCUUCAUCGUCGAUGUUCUGGCUACCCUCUUCGCUGUCUUCGGCUGGUUGGGUGAGUGGGACCAGACCCACCCCCACGACCCUGCUGCCUACGGUUUCUCCCACAACAACAACGUCGACAUUGUCACCGUCGUUGUCAUCUGGGGUUACUCCAUUGGUGUCACUGUCAUCAUUGCCGUUGUCUACUACCUCCUCACCAUCAUCCCCUGGUUGGACAACCUCGGUCGUGAGACCCGCUCCAAGGCCGACAAGGCCAUGGAGGACUGGAUCACCAACCUCUCCAAGCUCGCCAUCGAGCACGAGGUCGACGCCGAGGGCAAGUCUCGCUACACCCUCGCUGCUCGCACCGACGACGUCGAGGAGGACGAAUAG